AACAAGUAAAAAAUCUCUCUGUUUCUUCUUCUUCCCCGCCUCUCUCAUUCUUUCUUCACAAGAAAUUAAACCCAUUAAGUGUUAGGGUUUUGGCUUAACAAAUCCAUCUUUUUCCAUGGAUUGGGUUCGUGGUGAGACGGUAGGCCACGGGAGUUUCGGGAAAGUAAGCUUGGCCAAUCCAAGAAAUAGCGUCGCCGGAGUUUCGCCGGCGAUGGUUGUCAAGUCUUGCUCGGCGACGCGGGCGGCGUCGUUGUUGAACGAGAAACGGAUACUGGAUGAGCUCCAGGGCUGCCCGGAGAUUGUUCGGUGCUUCGGAGACAGUUAUAGUUUCGAGAAGGGCGAGAAGCUGUACAAUGUGUUGUUGGAGUUCGCUUCUCGGGGAUCAUUAGCGGAUAAGAUUAAGGAUUCGGGGGAUUAUAGGUUGCCUGAAUUUGAGAUUCGUAGGUAUACCAAGGCUCUGCUUCGUGGCCUGAGGUUUAUUCAUGAAACGAGGUAUGUUCACUGUGAUGUUAAGCUUGAGAAUAUUUUGUUGGGCGAGGAUGGGCGGAUUAGGAUUGCGGAUUUUGGGUUGGCUAAGAGAUGUGGAGAAGGGGAGAGUUUUGGGGGGGAUUUGAGGGGUACGCCGAUGUAUAUGUCGCCGGAGAUGGUGUCCGGCGGCGAGCAGGGGCCGGCGGCGGAUAUAUGGGCGCUUGGGUGCGCGGUGGCGGAGAUGGUUACCGGAGCUCCGGCGUGGAAUUGCUCCAAUUUGGCAGCGCUGCUGAUGAGAAUUGGGGUCGGGGGAGAAGUCCCUGAAAUUCCCGGGGAGUUGUCAUCGGACGGUAGAGAUUUUCUGGGGAAGUGUUUUCUUAAGGACCCGAGAAAAAGAUGGACGGCGGAGAUGCUUCUAAAUCAUCCUUUCGUCGCCGCCGUCGACGACAAUGACGGCGCCGCCACUGUUACAUUGAAAGACAAAUCUCCGGCUCCCUCCACUUCCCCUCGAUGCCCGUUCGAUUUCCCGGAUUGGACGUCGGAAACAGCGUCCCGGCAAUCCUCCGUUACAUGCUCAAUUACAUCCUUGCCGGAAUCAGAAUUCUCCCGGCCGGCUUGGCCGGCGACAAGACUGCGGGGACUAGUCAGUGACCACUCACCCAAUUGGUCUGAAGAUGCUGACGAGUGGGUAAUCAUUAGGUGAUCUCAUUGGUCGAGAUUAAAAAUUUUUUUUAGACCUGUUCUUAUAAUUGUAUUAGCAUUUUGCCUACUAAUUCGAAAAAUUUUUAAAUCUUUGAUGUACAUAUGAGGGGAAUAUACUUGGGAAUCCCCAAGUUCCAACUGUACAAUGUUAGUUUAAUGAUGACAGAAGUGAAUGAAUCGAAUUCUUGGGAAACA